AUGAACAGCAAUAGCUCGUCGACCAGCACGCGAUCCGCGCCCAACCCGUGGAUCCGUGGCAUCCUGGCGCUUCUACUCGCCACAGGUCUACUCGCGCUGAUCCUGGAAGCCGCAACGCUCGACUUUCAGCCAAAACUCCGGCAUGUGGCGCCGUCCAACGCAUCGCUGGGGGUGCAGCAGCUGCUGCAUCAGCGUCAGUACAACACAGAGCUUUACAAUGGCUCAAGUGGAGCUGGAGAGCCGCAACAAGACGCCACCGUGUCACUGGAAGAGCUGCUGGCGCUCCAGAACACGUCCAGAACCAAUGCCAGCGACGAAGUGGCGCCCGCAGACUUGUACCACUUGAGUCUGCUACACGGCGCGUGCAUCACACACAAAGACGCGAUUGUUUCAUGGGAAUUCGGCGCUCCAGGGCCUUCGCAAGACGACGAAGAGCACAAUGUAGCCACGUUAAUCAAGGAAGACGACCCGGAUUUGUUACAGAAAUUGAAACAAUGUCCCGACGUGGACUUGUUCCUACCGUCAGGAGUGAGGAACAACGGAUAUUGUGAGGACACGAUGGCGUACACCAAGUACUUGCACACUAGAACACUGCCACUAUGGGCGCUGACAAAGAAGAUGCACGAUCCCGAGUCAGGACGUGACGUCGACUACUUCGAUCUGUGUCCAAAGACACCAAUGCUCUUCUUCCAGCACUACUGGGAAGAAAUUCCGUCGUCUCCGCAAUGGCCUCGAGGGAAAAAGAUGUACUUGAUGCUUAAUAUCGAGAUGUGGGAACUCGACGAGACCCAUUUGUGGCGCGCUGACGCGGUGUUAUGCAAGACGCGUAUCUGUGAGGAACGUGUGAAGAAAUGGUACGAACAACAAGGCAAUCCGCACGAUACUAAGGUGCUAUACACCAAACACACCUCGUCCGACCAAGCCAGCUACGCGCGACGUGUGCUGGGCGACCAAGUCGCGCCGAAAAACUUCAGUGAUGUCAAGUUUAUUCACACAGUCGGUGGCAGCUACUGGAAAGGUACGCGACAAGUAAUCGAGUGCUGGCUAUCGCGCCCAAACUUCCCGCCUCUGGACCUGUAUAUCCACAAUUGGGCAUACGAAGGAAUGUUCAAGGGUACAUACAAUAACCAUAUUCCUAAGAGUCAAAUUCGACUCACGACAGAUGAGGUAGACGCCACUACAUUCAGUAAGGCGAUUGCGGAAAGCGCCUAUUUCUUGUGUCCUAGUCAAAUGGAAGGCUACGGACACUACAUGAACCAGGCACGGGCCUCUGGUGGGGUCAUUAUCACUACCGACCUAGAUCCCAUGAAGGAGUUGAUCCAGAACGACGACAUGGGACUGCGAGUACCGUCCAGACCUCGGCACGACCGUAAUAUAUUCUUGGGCGGAAGGAGUAAAAAGGGCUUGGGACUGAGAGAUGUGCCCGGUAUGGUGGCCCAAUUCAGCACCAAUGACUUGUGUAAAACGGUAGAACAUCUACUCAACGACGUGAGCGUUGAAAAGCGGAGAGAAAUGGGGAAAAAUGCUCGGUUACAGUACCACAAAGACACCAAGUUCUUUGAGCGAGCGAUGCUUGAUUUGCGCGUCCUGGCGAGACAACAGGCCAGUGAAAACCACGCGGAAGACAGCGAGGAGAUCAUUUCCAGUGCACCUCGCAAGUAUUUCCGCGACGAACCGACUACAGGGUAGCCAUGAUAGACCAGCUAAGUUGUAGGGAAUUUUUCGUAUUUUACGAUUAGUUUCGGGUGAACUGGCGUAAUUUAUGCAUCGAUUGUGCAAA